AUGGAUGAAAGUCCGCGAAACGACAAAGCACUAUCAGACUUUUGCAAUGUUACGGGAGCUACACCUGAAGUAGCCGCGAGCUAUUUGACGGUGUCAGACAACAAUAUUGAACAAGCUGUAUCACUCUAUCUGGAAAGUGGUGGCGUUGACCUCGCGCAAACUCUACAAGACUCAAAGAGUUCGCAACCCACUACCUCGACUUCCAGUACUUUUGACAAUACACGUACUGGUAAUUCUACAUUAGAAAGCGACGCAGCAUUGGCUGCUCGGCUAGCUGCAGCUGAAGAUGUUCGCGCUCCUAUUCCUCCAAGACAAGAGAUACUACUCAGGGACGAGGACGAUGAGUUGUAUUCGCAAACAGUCAGGAGAUCUGGCGCAACAAGUAAUCGUCGACCUGUCGUGAGAGAGGUCACUGAUGGACUCAGAGAUAGUCGACUCGAUUCCGCAUAUAUUUCAGGCCAACAUGAUCCAAAGUUGAGUCCUCGAUUAGCUGAUCUGUUUAGACCCCCUUUUGAUCUUAUUACGCCUGGUGGUUUUGAGCAGGUACGCCAGGAUGCAAAGGAAAAAAAUAAAUGGCUUAUGGUUACCAUUCAUGAUUAUACAGAGUUUGCAUGUCAAGUGUUAAACCGUGAUCUAUGGAGCGAGCAAACUGUCAAGGCAGUUGUUAAGGCUGAUUUUCUGUUCAUGCAGCUUCCAGCUAAUUCUUCGGAAGGGCGACGAUAUAAGACUUUCUAUCAAUUCGACGACUACCCACAUAUUGCCAUCAUCGACCCAAGAACUGGGGAGAGGUUAAAGACAUUUAAUUAUUCAUUAACACCGAACGACUUUAUAAUUGCUGUCACCGACUUUUUGGAACGAUAUUCUCUGAAGGAAGCUGCAUCGUCGAGAUCGCCAGCCGUCGCACAAUCUACAAGCCAGAGGCUUUUAGAUGUAUCGGACGAAGACGAGGCAGCAGACAAUCGACUUCCAGCGGACGCGAUCGAUUUUAUGGAAAUUGAAGACCAAAGUGAUGAUGAAUCACAAGGAGUUUCUGCCUUUGAUAUGAUUCAUCCAACUGAAAGAGCAGAGCCAGCCGAAGGACCAUUAGUAACGCGAAUACAAUUUCGUCUUGCAGAUGGAUCGCGAAUUAUUCGACGAUUCGCCAAAUCGGAUCCUGUUCGAUAUCUAUUUGAGUACGUCAAGGCCACAGUCCCUGCUGCAGCAGAACAGCAGUUUGAGCUUGUAUUCAAUCGUCAGCAGCUUUUCGAAUAUAUCGACCAAACUAUAGCAGAAGCUGGAUUGGAGAAUUCGGCAAUUACAGUUGGCAUU